GAGGGGGAGGAAGGCGAGGAGUGUGGCCUCUUGGGGAUCCGUUGGAAGUCGCGGGCUAACUACCCAUCGGCUGCUUCUCCCAACUCGACGCUCUGAGGCCUCCUCUAUCGGCCCCAUUUCUCCUGCUCUUCCGAGAAGAAGGAGGUGCCACCUUGUGAGAAGGGCCGGGCCCAGCUAAAAGUAGAGGCAGCUGGUGGAAGCAGGGAGGUGCCUGGGAGGUUUGAACCUCCGGGAGAAGUAGGAGGAGGAAGGGGGGGGGCGGUGGGAGGAGACGAGGAACCCUGGGUCGGGCAGGGAAGACACGGGGCGAGCUGUGUACCAGUCAGGUCCUCAGCCUCGUAGCAGGGCGGUAGUAGCACCGUUCACUUGCGAGGGAGAAGCGGGAGGGGAAAAGGACCAGUAGAGAACCGCCCCCUCCCCCAUCCCCUCUAACUCCCCUCCCCCCAGUGGUCUCCCGGAGGAGAUUGGUUGGAACUCCCUGAGCUGUCCCCCUCCGGGGCCUAGUUCUCACCUCCGGAGGAGGGAUCGGGGCACCGGGCGGGGGGAGGAGAAGUAGGCGGGGAGACCGGGGCAUUGGGGGAAGGAGGAGGAGGAAGCGAAACCGGGGCCGCGGCCGGAGGAGGAGGGAACGGGGGCCCGGUGGGGGGGCGGAGCGGCCGCCGCGGGUUUGUUUUCUCAGCAGUAGACAUGGCAGACGAGACCCCCAAGAAGGGGAACUUUUCGGCUCUCGUUGGACACACCAAUGGCCUCACGAAACCCGCUUCCCUGGCGGCGGCCGCCGUCGCCACGAAACCCGGGGGGGGCGGGGGCAGUGGCGGCUCCUCAAAGAAAUUAGUGAUUAAAAAUUUCAGAGACAGACCGAAAUUGCCAGAUAAUUACACUCAGGAUACAUGGCAGAAACUUCAUGAAGCAGUAAGAGCCAUACAAAGUAGCACCUCCAUUAAAUAUAACCUUGAAGAACUCUACCAGGCUGUUGAAAAUCUCUGUUCUUACAAAGUGUCCCCAACACUCUACAAGCAACUGCGACAGGUUUGUGAAGAUCAUGUCAAAGCACAAAUCCUUCAGUUCAGAGAAGAUUCUCUAGAUAGCGUUUUAUUUUUAAAGAAGAUAAACAAAUGCUGGCAAGAUCAUUGCAGACAAAUGAUCAUGAUUAGAAGUAUUUUCUUGUUUUUGGAUCGCACUUAUGUACUUCAGAAUUCAAUGCUUCCUUCUAUAUGGGACAUGGGAUUAGAACUAUUUAGAAACCACGUUAUUAGUGAUAAACUGGUUCAAAGUAAGACUAUUGAUGGAAUUCUUCUGCUAAUUGAACGAGAGAGAAAUGGUGAAGCUGUGGACAGGAGCUUAUUACGAAGUCUUUUGAGUAUGCUCUCUGAUCUUCAAGUCUAUAAAGAUUCAUUUGAGCAGAAAUUUUUGGAAGAGACUAAUUGUUUAUAUGCUGCAGAAGGCCAAAGACUUAUGCAAGAAAGAGAGGUCCCAGAAUAUCUUAACCAUGUAAACAAACGUUUAGAAGAAGAAGGAGACAGAGUAAUAACAUAUUUAGAUCACAGCACACAGAAACCACUAAUUGCUUGUGUGGAGAAACAACUUUUAGGUGAACAUUUAACAGCGAUUCUACAGAAAGGACUUGAUAACUUGCUUGAUGAAAACAGAGUGCCUGAUCUCACACAGAUGUACCAAUUGUUCAGUCGAGUAAAAGGAGGGCAACAGAUACUCCUGCAGCACUGGAGUGAAUACAUCAAGACUUUUGGGACAACAAUAGUAGUUAAUCCUGAAAAGGACAAAGAUAUGGUACAAGAACUACUAGAUUUUAAGGAUAAAGUGGACCACAUCAUAGAAGUAUGCUUUCAGAAAAAUGAAAAAUUCAUUAACUUGAUGAAAGAAUCCUUUGAAACAUUUAUCAACAAGAGACCAAAUAAGCCAGCAGAACUAAUAGCAAAACAUGUUGAUUCCAAGCUAAGAGCUGGUAAUAAAGAAGCAACAGAUGAAGAACUAGAAAGAAUUCUUGACAAAAUCAUGAUAAUAUUCAGAUUUAUUCAUGGUAAAGAUGUUUUUGAGGCAUUUUAUAAGAAAGAUUUGGCAAAAAGACUCCUUGUUGGAAAGAGUGCUUCUGUUGAUGCUGAAAAGUCUAUGUUGUCAAAACUAAAACAUGAAUGUGGUGCUGCUUUCACCAGCAAGUUGGAGGGAAUGUUCAAGGAUAUGGAGCUCUCCAAAGACAUUAUGAUUCAGUUUAAACAGUACAUGCAGAAUCAGAGUGACCCAGGGAAUAUAGAUCUAACAGUAAAUAUACUUACUAUGGGAUACUGGCCAACAUACACACCUAUGGAGGUGCAUUUAACUCCAGAGAUGGUUAAACUUCAAGAAGUAUUUAAGACAUUUUAUCUUGGAAAGCACAGUGGUCGAAAGCUUCAAUGGCAAACCACUUUGGGACAUGCUGUUUUAAAAGCAGAGUUCAAAGAAGGAAAGAAGGAGUUUCAGGUGUCACUCUUUCAGACAUUAGUGCUUCUUAUGUUUAAUGAAGGAGAUGAGUUCAGUUUUGAAGAAAUUAAAAUGGCUACUGGUGUAGAGGAUAGUGAAUUGCGAAGAACCUUACAGUCUUUGGCUUGUGGUAAAGCACGUGUACUGAUUAAAAGUCCAAAAGGCAAAGAUGUAGAUGAUGGAGAUAAAUUCUUCUUUAAUGGAGAUUUCAAGCACAAAUUGUUCAGAAUAAAGAUAAAUCAAAUCCAGAUGAAAGAAACUGUUGAAGAACAAGUUAGCACCACAGAACGAGUGUUUCAGGAUAGACAAUAUCAGAUUGAUGCUGCUAUUGUACGAAUAAUGAAGAUGAGGAAGACCCUUGGUCAUAAUCUUCUAGUUUCCGAAUUGUAUAAUCAGCUGAAAUUUCCAGUAAAGCCUGGAGAUUUGAAAAAGAGAAUUGAAUCUCUAAUAGACAGAGACUAUAUGGAAAGAGACAAAGACAACCCUAAUCAGUACCACUAUGUUGCAUAAUGAAGACGACAACAACAGACUGUUUUUCAUAAAACACUAGAAUGUAUCUUCAGGACACUGAAACAUACCGAUGCUGUUUCCAGACCUACUUUCAGCAGAUUUUCAGGUUGAUGCAUAUGAUUCAAUCAACUGCAUGCCCUGCUGUGGAUGAAAAGCAAAGGAAAUGUUUCUUGGAUCAUCCUUUACAAGGCUUAGUGAUUUUUAAAUGGCAUACAUCUCCUCUUCCCCACCCCCUCCCCCCAUCUUCCUCUUAUUCUAUUAGACCAUUAAGAUUGUUUCUACUGCUCUGUACAAAAUAAUUUUGAAGUUGGACAGGAAGAUACCAAUUAAAAGACAUUUCCUCUUGUGGACUUUUUUUCUGUGACAAAACACCUAAAGUUUGGUUUGGUUUUGUGUGUGAUCAUGAAUGCACAUCAUUUAAAAAAAAAAAAAAAAGACCCUAAAUGCUGCAUUCUCUAGCUACAAAAAUUACUUCGGUAUCUAGGAAAACAAGAGACCUUAAUUGACGAACACUUAGGCAGAAACAUUCAGUGUUGAAAUACGCUGAUUUUUUGAAUUAUGCACCAUGAGUACCAGUAUCUGUUUCUUUUACAUUUAUUUUCAGGUAGUUUUAAACUUUGGAGACUGGUUUUUUAUAAAUCAGGUUUCUAAAUAAGAUCUCUUAAGUGCCAAGAGGAUGCUUAUGUUUAAAUAUAGUGAACCAUCAGAUACCUUUAUUUUAGCUAUGGUAUUCAUGUUUGGGAUUUGUGUUUUGGUUUGUUCUUUUUUGUUUGACAUUUUAAGAUUGAGUCUAGCGGACCCAGUUUUUUGCAUUAGGGUCACUGCUAUUUGAUUUUAUUUACUGUAACUAUAGUAUUACUACAGUAAACCUUGGUUCUAUUUUUACAGUCAUGCACAAGGAUAGUAAUCAUACUAUGUGCUCCACCACUGUAAAAAAAAAAAAAAAAAAAAGUUUAUCAAAGGCUUUUUAAAGUCUUGAUGUUGUGAAAGCAGAGGUUAUUUUGUCUAGAGAGGCUAAAAGAAUUUUGUUGGUAUCUUGUUUCAUAUUGUAUAUAUAUAUAAGUGGGUUUGAAUUAAAAGAAUGAAAGUUAUGUAGCUAUAUAGUAUGGUAACUAUGAGCAAGAUACUUUUUGUGAUAACAUUUACAAGUACCUCUGUAUAUUUUACAGGAUUUGCAUAAUAGCAUGUUUCAUUUUGAUUAAAAGCUACCAAAGGAGUUUUGAUCAUGACAUAAGUGUUUAAGCAAUACUUCCAGAAAAUACUAAAUUUAUGUAAUUUGAUUUUGUGCACAAUUAAAAUCCCCCUUUUAAAACAUUCAUUGUUUAAAAUGUGACAUCUUAUGGAUUUUCGUAUUAAAGUCCUCAUUCUUUCUUCAGGCAUCAUCAUUUCCAUUGCUUUUAUUUCUUUUCUUGGUUCUACAGGAUAUAGUAUAUAGAAGCCAAAUAGAUUUCUACUGCAUAUUAAGUUCAAGAACUAUGUCUAGAGAUUGUUAAUAUUGUAACUUAAUGUAGACUUAUAUUUUGAAUAAAAUUAGUUUAAUUUG